AAGAAAUAAUUUCAAGUUAACUCUAAAUUUGAGAUACUUGACAGGCAAAUCAUUUUGAAUGAACUGAAAAUAAAACCUUCAUGACUUGUUUGGCCAGUAAAUUAAAAUUUGAACAGCUGUCAGAAUCAUCAAAAUAUACAGCUUGUUGGCUGCAGCUGUGCCAAGAGCAGGUCAUGCUAAGAACCUUUCCAUACAAAAUUCUUUUCCCACCCACAUCCCCAGAGUAAUUAUUCAAAAUCAGACAGCUGUCCAUAAUUCAGACUGGGCAAGGGGAAGAAGUACUAUUUUUUUAAAAAGGCAGAUUGUUAGGCUUCAAUCACUCAAACCUCUUCUAGAUAAACUUGCUGACCUGGAUGUGACAUCUUGGCUUCUGCAGAGCCUGUGAAGUCUGAUCCCAGGGUCCAGAAUGCUCUUCUUCUUUCAUGGGUUUGUAAUUGUAUUUAGCAACUACUGCAAUCAUACAGGUGGCCAAAGAAAGCUCGGCAUGGGAUGGUGCAGCCAGUCAUGAAGCUGGAAACUCCUGAUGAUAGUGUCAUGAUGCUUUCCACCCCAGUUCCCUCAGCCACUAUUACCACCUGCAGCUCACUGACUCGUCCUGUGGGUCUGCUCUUGUAGCUGGUUUUUCAGAUUCUUGCAACAGCUCCUUCUGCCUGGCUUUGGGAUGUCAUUUGCCCUGAGAAUAUCAGAGAAUGUGCUGAUCUUCUGCUGUGUGCAGAGAGACUCGGAUGGGGCUUUUUCAUCUGUGAAGUGGGAGGUAAUGUGGGCCUGUAGUGCUUUCUGUUUCCCUUGCUGUGUGUUAUGCUUGAUGAGAAGGAGUGGAUCACUGUGGGUGAUGCUGACAGCAGUACAAAGCUAUCCGGGCUCCACCAGGUGUCAGUGUGCACCUCUCUACUGUGAUACUUUGCGUUUUCACUCUUAGCAGCCCUUCCAAGUUAAAGGAAUGCAGUAGAAUUAAGGAACAUAGAACUGAGCAAUAGUGGAGGCUUAUACAAGUGGUCUUGGCUGGUGUAAAUAAGCAUUAUUUCAUGAACUUCUAUGGAAGCAGAUGCAGGCUUAUCUACUGAGGAGUCUGGUUGCAUGUUUUGCUGUAAUACUUGCAGCUUUGAAUAAUUCCCUGUCAGUAGGAAGAGCAUGGAGCUGGGUGAGCUGUUCUCAAGGUUUUCUUUAUUUCUGAACAUAUGCAAUAAACGAUUUUAGGUAACGUUGGUGUUGGAAACAAAGCUUUCACAACUACUGGUAUUGCCUGUGCUGGGCUAUUGCUGACUAUACAAAAUGUCAAGAUUAAACAGUGCCUACGUUUGUUUUUUCUAUUAAAAGUCAAUUGUAAUCCUUUAGCAAAUAGAGAAGCAUAAAUGCACAAUCUUAAAACUGUUCCUUCCCAGCAUACUGUACUAAUGAAGCUAGUAAUCUCUGAUGAAAGCUUCUGAACUAUAAAAGCAGAAUUGUAGUUGUAUUUACUGAUACAGUAUAAUUCUUAGGCUUCCACAAAAACCAGUCUCACAGUUUUGGCACUUCUCUCUCUAUAUUUAUUUCAAUACGUAGCUGAGAACUGCUUUUGUUAUAUUCAGUUUUAGGCACAGAUGUCACCCUUUUCUGGCCUUGUGAGUGCUCUGACAUACUGAGUUUCUAGCUGUCUUGGGUACUCACAGAUCACGGCUUCCCAACCCUUGAUAUACUUAUCUUCACAGCCGUGUUUGGAAGGAGGAAAACAGGACUGUGGAGUUCAUUCGGGGCUGUGGAAGCAGCAGUUAGAGAUUUAUCCAGAUUGGUUUGGUUUGUUUCAAUCUACUGUCUUUGCUAGAUAGAAGUAACACACGCUGCAGUGUGAUUUUCAGUUAACAAGAGCCAUAAACAAGGCUUUACAAGAAUGCUUUUUACUACAUAUGAGGCCUCCAUGCAUUAGUCAUCAAAACAAACAGAAUUUGACUUAUUUUUUUCAAAACAAGGUCUUAGUAACUGGGAUAGACUGACAAUGAAAUUCAGAAACAGAUGCACCAAAAUGCUAGGAAUUACAACUCCUUUGCAAAAUGGAUGCUCAUGAGGAAUGUCCAUGAAGGGUUCCUCAGCUGAAAUGUGUCAGUUUUUAUACUUAAUCACAUGCUGGUUUGUUAAAUUACCCUUUCUUACUUUACUGCACUGAUCCUUCUUUUCUCAUCAAAAUUGUGGUCUAAUGCUGUGUGAAGAGGUAGAUGAUUAAUCUCUCUAGCCCUUUAUGAUUACAUGGUACUGAGGAGAUGUUGGGAACAUCUGGAAACAUCUGAACACCAUGUUAGGACAAAAAGUGCAAAGACUUGUUAGGAAUUCAGAUGUUAGACAGAUAUUAGAGCAUAUUUUACUUUGAAAUAUAUCUUUCUCCAGUGGGAUUCUUGUUGUAUGGCCCUGCAUUCGUGGUGCUUUGAACGUUCAGGUAUUGUCACUGGCUGUGUAUAGACAAGGAUGUCCCUGCUGCCUGGAGCACGACUGUUCCACUGCACCAGAGCUGUACAGUUAGCUGAGAAGGCACAGUGUCCUCUGGGCUGUGGUAAGCUACUGCAGGAAGGCUCUAACCCAAGCAGAAAAUUCCCAACCUGUGGGUUAUUAUGGAAUAGCCACCAAUGAAGUGCUCAUUCACAGUUGUGCAAAAUCAGGAUUCAGGGAUUGAUGAUUUGUACAGCCAUUCCCAAUUUGUGGCAGCCUGACAGAGAGGAAAACUUACAUCUAUCUAAGAAUGAUGUUGCUUUGCCACUACCUGUAGGAAAACUGAUACACUGAGGCACACUUUAAACAGCCUAGGGGUGAAGCACUGUUGUACUUCCAGCUCAAACUAGUGAUGGUCCAGUAGCAGUGUCCCCUUGGCAGCUGUGCCUUCAUUAGCCUGUUGCAGCAGCAGCUUGCUGUGAGAGCGCACAGUUGUGUGGCAGAGUUAUCCAUACCCCCAGUAAAGAUGUGCAGUUGAUGCAGCCUUUCAGGCAGAGAGCAGGGAUGCAGAGCAGAGCAUGGACAGAGUUGCCCAUUGUGGCACCAGCAUGAGCCUGUGGCAGUUCCAGGCCAGAAUCCAGGAUUUGGUUCCACUCCCAGAAAGGUCAACGAAACCCAUUUGAAGGAGAAUGGUUUCAUCCCGUUCUGCAUGCUGAGUGACUCACCAAUUUAGUACUAAUAGCGUGGGCUGCUUCAGGUACAAGCUAAUGGAGUGCAACGCUACAGAGUUUCUGUGCAGGUGAUCAGUGGAGCACAGGAGUGUGGGAUGCUGUCUGUCGUAAGUGGGAAGGAUCUCAUGUGGUUUCAGAGACCUUUGGGAAAUUCUUAAAUAUUUAUCUAUUUAAUCAAUUCUUUUCUUUGGUGUCAUUCUCAACAUCAACUAAUCACCACCCCACGCUGAAAUAAAAGCCCUAUCUAAAACAGUGGUAACUGAAGUCUGGUGAGCCUGCAAAAGGACUUUUGGUGCCGAGUAUCUUUUAUGAGGAAAGUGUGAAAAUGGUGCUGAAAAAUGAUUUAAGCUAGAAGGAAAACAUAGGUGUCACUGUGUGUUGAGGGCGUUAAACAUUGCUGUGUGGGAUUCUGACUCUGUGCAGCACUUCUUUUCCAUGUCCCUUUACUUAAAAUAGAAUCGUAGAAUUGCUCAGGUUGGAAAAGACCUUAAAGAUCAUCAAGUCCAACUGCAACCCAACCAUACUACCCUAACUCUAACAGCCCUCCACUAAAUCACGUCCCUGAGCAAAUAGUUUUCCUUAAAUCACAAACAUCUCCUUUUCUUCCACAGAAGAGCAGAGCAAAUACUGAAAUAAUCUCCAGAGAUGUUCUGCAGAUAUUUUUGCUUCUUCAGUCUGUGUCUUUUCCUUCAAACACAAAGGAAAUGCUCACUGGGACGUGUGUCCAGUUUGGGUGGCAGUGAUACAGCAUCCCUCCCUGGAUUUGAGAACCUCACAAUGGGAUACAACAAAUACCUCAGGCCCUACUUUGGUGGAGAACCUGUUCAAAUUGCAAUGAGCCUGGACGUUGCAAGUAUUUCUAGUAUAUCUGAGAGUGACAUGGAUUACACAGCCACCAUCUACCUGCGGCAGCGCUGGACAGAUCCACGCUUAGUCUUUCACGGCAACAAGAGCUUCACGCUGGAUGCUCGUCUGGUGGAAUUGCUUUGGGUACCAGACACGUACAUCGUGGAGUCAAAAAGGUCCUUCCUGCACGAUGUCACUGUGGGGAACCGCCUCAUCAGAUUGUUUUCUAAUGGCACUAUCUUGUAUGCUUUAAGAAUUACUACUACUGUUGCUUGUAACAUGGACCUGUCAAAGUAUCCCAUGGAUACACAGACAUGCAGACUGCAGCUAGAGAGCUGGGGAUAUGAUGAAAAUGAUGUCAUCUUCACGUGGCUGAGAGGAAAUGACUCUGUGCAUGGCAUAGAAAAGUUGCGGCUCUCUCAGUACACAGUGGAACGUUACUACACCCUCAUCUCAAAGUCACAGCAGGAAACGGGCAGUUACCCACGACUGAUACUGCAGUUUGAGCUGAGAAGAAAUGUCCUUUAUUUCAUUUUGGAGACCUAUGUGCCAUCUACUCUGCUUGUUAUGUUGUCCUGGGUUUCUUUUUGGAUCACGCUGGAUUCAGUGCCUGCGAGAACCUGCAUUGGAGUAACAACUGUGCUUUCCAUGACAACUCUGAUGAUUGGCUCGCGAAGUUCGCUUUCAAAAACCAACUGUUUUAUUAAGGCCAUUGAUGUUUACCUCGGCAUCUGCUUCACCUUCAUCUUUGGUGCCCUCGUGGAAUAUGCAGUGGCUCACUACAGCUCAUCACAAAAACGUACAGCUAAAACACCUCAAGAGGGGCCUGCAAAUGAACUUACUAAAGAAAAGGAAGAAAUCAACAUCACUGGCAUCCUCAGCAACUCCAUCACCAGCUAUAAACAGCAAAUUAGUUUUACAGGCAUUGAGAUUUCCAGUGAUAAUAUUAACUGCAGUGACUUGACUAUGAAAACUCAUGAGAAAAUCAAAUGCUUCUUGAGAAACAAAAUUUACAGUAUUAUCGGUUAUUUCACAAUUCAGAACCCCAGUAAUGUAGACCACUACUCCAAAUUGCUUUUUCCAUUGUUUUUUAUGCUGGUCAAUGUGUUUUAUUGGGCUUAUUAUUUAUAUUUUUAGCAGGAAUGGGUUUUUGUGUUCUCCCACUUCAGUGGGAAAGGAAUCCUGCCAAUGGCCAUCCAGCUAUCUAACCUCAGUGAAUCCAGUAUAGACAAAAUGCUUUUCCUGAGGCCUGGAGUGAGUGGGGUAUGUGAGAUGCAAAGCCUUCAUGCUUCAGCAUUAGUAACAGUGACUCUGGACACUUGCUUGUCCAGCUGAGUGGCUUUGCUGGGCUUUUGGCUGGUAUGGGCUCUUCAUUCCAACAUCCAGCCUCUCUGGCCAGGGAUGGAUAUGUAGGACUGCAUGUGGCAGUCCACAGAUUACCAGAGGUAGCAAAAUAAUCCUGAUAACCUGAAGUGGAUUGGAACCUUCUAGUUUAGGUCUCUAGUGAGGAUGGACAAUUAUAGCUGUUCUUCUGUGUUUGCCAGAAAUAACAGUAAUGGAGGGACUGUGACUGCCAUCUCAAUAGCUCCUCUGUUCAAAUAAGUGAACCCAAAGGCAGCAGUGUGCUGUGCGCAGAGGAAUGGCUCCCGUGCAUGGCACUUCCCUGUCCCAGGGGUGAUGCAGCACCAGAGCAGUGAUUUCAGUGAUGCUAUGCCUUGCUGUUCUUAAUACCUGGCAGACUCGGUGAGGUAAUCCUCAUUUGCUGAAGUUACCCAUCCCUGAGACAGAUUGAUGGGCUCUUCAUUUGUAAAGGUGUUUUGUCAUUGUUGUUUUUUGUUUUUUGCUUUUUUUUUCC